AAGGACAACACUACAUUGAAAUUCUCAUUUCUAGCUCUGCCUUUUUCUCUUCAAUUUUUAUCUAAACCCUCCAAGUUGCUGUAAUUAGCGUUUCUCAUCGAUACCCUCUCUCUCUCUCUGUGCAAACCCUCAAUACUCUCUUCAUAUACAGGGCUCUUCUUAUCGUUUGUGCCCAUCUCUUAAUUUGAAGCUUAAGUUUGCCAUUUCAUUGCCUGCCGGCGGGAUCUCCGAGGGCUGUCUGUGAUAAGAGGUGUAUUCGUUUGUCAAUUAGGUUUUCAAGGACCUUCUUCUUUCCUAUAGCUUGAGAGGGUUGAUCAUUCUUUACUUACUGCUUGCUUUUGUAUUUCUGAAAUGGAUUUGCAUCCUGUAAACGCUUAGAGAUGGACUUUUGGGGGAUUCUAUAACUUCAAAAAUGCUUGGUCUAAGGGAGUUUUGGAGAAGGCAUAGGAGGAAAAUUCUUAUUGCAGCAGGUGUUUUUGGAAGUGGGUAUUUUUUCUACAAAUUGUAUAAUGCACAUAAGAGUAGCCUUGCUGAUUUGGAGAAGCAACUUGCAGACGAGCGGGAGCAUGAAGAGCUUAUCAAGGCUCAAAUGCAAGCCCAUUUCGAGAGCAUUCAGAGGAUAGCUGAUACAACAACAUUGCCUCAUGCAAUGCACUACUUAAUCAGCCGGAUUGCAGAAGAGUUGGAUCUUUUGCAGCUCAUAGAGAGGUUAAUGAAAGGGAAGGGUGGUCAGCCCAACACUCUGUCACCUUCUGAGAAGCUUGAGCUAUGGGACAGACUCAAAAUCUUAAGUUUCACAAGAUUGGUGGUCUCCCUAUGGGCAAUGACAAUGCUUAGCUUGUAUAUCAGAACUCAAGUAAAUAUUCUGGGAAGACAUUUGUAUAUUGAUACAGCACGUGGUCUUGAAAGCUCGCACUUACUUGAGGAUGUUGAACUCAUUGAAAGGGAUGACCAGCAAAAGUUUUUAGCAAGUUCUGAUUUUCUUGCUAAUUAUGGCAUGCCAGCACUGAUUUCUAAUAUCCAGGUAGCAGCUACAGAGGUUCUCAAGGGAAAACAGUUGAGAGAUCCCUUCACCACCACGACUCUUCAUGAAACUUUAAGUCAGAUACUUGACUUGUUCAUGAGCAGGGGAAGUCCACAUCAUUGGGCAGACUACGUGAUGCCUGAAGAUGCCAGACUCUACAAGCAAGCCGUAGGUUCCAGCAGUGGUGAAACAAUAUCUAUCACUGAUACCACGAAAUUUGAACAGCUUAUGGCAGAGGCUCGAGCAGUGCUAUCCAGUGCUGAAUUUGGUAGAGUUGUGGAAAUAUCAUUGAAAGUAAUGGUGGAAGCAGUGGUGGCUGAUAUGGGGGCUGAGUCCAGUGGAGGCAGCCUAGCAUUGGGAAUGCCAUUGGCAAGACUUUUGCCACGAGUUGCGCAAAUGGGUCCGUCACUGUUUGAUGAAUCAAACCGAAAUCGGUUAUUCCAAAUCCUCCGGAGUGUAUCAGAAGUUGAACUCUUCUUCACCCUCCUUUAUGCGAAUAUGCCAACCUCUUAGACUAGUGAGAAUUUAGACAUUUUCAUUUUGAUUUUCAUACCAGUGCACCAUUGUAAAAAACUUGAAUGGUAUUAGGUGUGGAUUUACAAAAUUUGAACUAUAUAAAACGAAUAAAGCUGUAAUUUUUUUUACUAAAUAAUAUUUAGUAUGCAAUUGAUCGGUUCAA